AUGGAGAAAUCGACCGGAGCGGAGCGCUCCUCACCGAGGCGUCGACCGCUGGGCGAACGCCAGCCUCGUGCCACGCCUCAACCCACGCCUACCAAACCUGCUGCUGUGCCGAACACUCCGUCGCCACGCAUGCCCCACCACGAGUCUCUGCAAUCCGAAGGCAAUCUAUCUGCCCGUGAGAAGCGUACGGCUGGCGGUCCGGCGAACAAUCCUGAUCCUCCAAACGAUGUUCCCGCCGAAUCGGAACGCAAAGUCGUUUACACUAACAAGGGCAAGAGAAAGACGCAUGUGGGUCCAUGGCAUCUGGGAAAGACACUCGGCAAAGGCGCUACCGGCAGAGUUCGCCUCGCUCGUCAUAGUAUAACAGCGGAAGUCGUUGCUGUCAAGAUCGUGUCCAAGAAGUCAGCAGCCAUGGUCCAGAGCGCCAGCAUGGCCAGAAUCGACAGCGAUACCGCGAAUCCUGUCAACAAGUUGGGUACCCGGACCAUGCCUUUCGGUAUCGAGCGAGAGGUCGUCAUCAUGAAACUCAUCGAGCACCCGAACGUCAUCAACCUCUAUGACAUUUGGGAGAAUCGUGGAGAGCUUUACCUCAUUCUGGAGUAUGUUGAAGGAGGGGAGCUCUUCGACUAUGUCUCCAGCACCGGUGCUUUGCCCGAACCAGAGGCUGUUAGACUGUUCCGCCAGAUUAUCUCCGGCUUGUCAUACUGUCAUCGCUUCAACAUCUGCCACCGGGACUUGAAGCCGGAGAACAUCCUGCUCGAUAAAGACCGCAAUGUAAAAUUAGCUGACUUUGGCAUGGCAGCACUACAGCCAACGGGCAAAUGGCUCACGACUUCAUGUGGUAGCCCACACUACGCCGCGCCUGAGAUCAUUCAGGGCCUCCAAUACCGUGGAGACAAAGCCGAUAUCUGGAGCUGCGGCAUCAUCUUGUUUGCAAUGCUCAAUGGCUUCCUACCUUUUGACGGCGGAGAUCUGACCACUACUCUGAGAUUGGUCAGAAAGGGCGACUACUUCUUGCCGCCAAAUUUGAGCGUCGAGGCUUCCGAUCUCGUUCAACGCAUUCUUCAGAAGCACCCAGAGCGUCGCAUCUGCAUGGAUGACAUUUGGGCGCACCCUCUGCUGCGCAAGUAUGAGCGGUACCAUGCCUCCCUCAAUCCAGGAGUCAACUUGCCCGGCCCUGCUGCCGCAUUCACGGAGGACCAAGUUACCCAACGUGUUGAGGAUAUCGAUGACAUCGACCUGGACAUCUUGCGCAGCCUACAGACGCUUUGGCACAGUGAAACACCCGAAACACUAAUGGAGCGACUCAUCAAUGACGAAAACAAUCACGAGAAAAUGUUCUAUCACGCUUUGAUAAAAUUCCGAGACGAGCAACUGGAAAACUACGAUGGUGAUCCGUUGCAGUACUCUGCCAGUGACUAUCAUCACAUUACCAGACCGCAGCCAAAGAGUCCCAAGCGCAAAUCUGCGGCCAAUGGACUCGGUCAUACACGACGACCAUCCCAAUUCUCCAUCAUCAGCGACACUGGAGCCAAGCGUGACACUUAUUACAAGAACCCGGCAAUCUCGGCGAGCAAGGCCACUCAGAGCACGUACGACCCUUACAGAUCGUCCAAGACCCCAAUUGUCGAGAGUCCCAAGAAUACGCCCACCGUCGUGAUUCGGAGAGAUGCGCGCGCUGGCAGCAUUCAAGGCGGUAUCCGCCACCCCGCUCUGAAUCGUGUUCAAAACGAGAUGUCUCAUGUAGAUGUGGCUGAGGAGCCUGAGCGGCCGAUCCAAACGAGGCGAACCUCCUACUCUACCAUUACUUCGAAGAGCUCCGUGGCAAGUUCCAAGCGAGUGGGCCGUAUGAGAAAAUCCGUGAGCUACAAGCGUCGAGUGAGCUUCCCUCGGCAGCGACAAGCCCCAGGUCCUACACAUGCUCCCAAAGCACGCUCGACUGGUCCGGAGCCAAUAGGCUCUAGCGCUGAUGUGUCCAUGGAUCGUCCCCGUACACGUGGCUCAGAGUCCAUGAUUAGCACCACAUACAGCAACCCCAGCCUGCCCACUCCGCCAGCGGCCACCCGUCCCCGCAGACCUGCAUCGGACAUGCAAAUUAAAAAGGGCCCAGCUCUGACUCAGAGUUGGCGAGAUGAUACCCGCAAAGUCAGUCAGGAGCUUGGAAAGAUUUGCGAAGAGGCUUUCAAUCGAUCCUCCAUUUCUUCAACCAGCGCUGCAAGUCAUUAUGCUACCGCUGACACACCACCCACUUCUGUCGGAACUCAAGAUGGACGUCUUUCAAGCUACCUUCGCGAUAGACCUCUGCCAGAGACUCCAGCUUUGAGAGAACUACAGGAGAAGCGCCAGAAAGUGAUUGACAUGUUCAGUGGGCAUGACGAUGUAGAUCUGAAAAAGAUGCUUGCUCCCAUUGAUGUGCUCAUCAAUGAAGAGCUGAAGCGACAGAAAGGACAGGCGGCUGCGAACGCUGCUGCCGAUCGGCGUACAUCGAGCAUGCCACUGCCGAGAAGCACCAUGGAGGAUCUUAAGCGUCUCCGCGAAGAUGCUCCUCGCGCGGCUUCUGAUCCUUUUGGCAAGAAUCCCAAACCUCACGACGCGACUGUGAGGCUUGUACCAGCUUCGUCACCCCAAGGGAGCAGGUUAUCCCCAGUCAAUGUGCGGAAGAACAAGGCGACGCCUAUCAACUCUAUGCGAGACGGCCGCGUGGACCCUGCCCUUACCCAACAGGACCGUCAGGGCUAUGAUUCGCGACUUUACAACAGCAACAUGGUCCUCGCCACUAUCCAAGAAGACCCACCUUCCUCGCCGAAGAAGAAAGCAUCAACCACCUCACUUUCACGCAAGUGGUCGUGGCUGAACAAGCGUAACAUGGACGAGAGCUCUCGUUAUACUGGCGACGGCUACUCCCCAGAGAAGACCUUGGAUCAGUCGGGACAAGAGCCGAUGGCCUCUGGGGCGCUUGAUGCUUCAAACAAUAAAGCCUUGGCGGUCGACACCCCAGAGCGCCAACAAUUGAUCAGCCAGAAGAGAAAGUGGUUUCAAAAGAUGUUUGGGAAGUCAGCGAAAGCCAAGCAGGCCGACAUUCCGAUUCACACCGACCACGAGAUCGUGGAUGAUGCAUCAGAGGAUCUCAACGCCAACGGGAACAAUGAAGAGCUUGUCGGAGGUAGGACCUCACGGCGCAGCUUCAGACCUCACACCAGCGUCGACGCUGCCACCGCAGCCGCGGCGCAUGCUCCGAUUGAGAUUAGCCAGAAUUGGCUUGCCAAGUUCUUCCGCAUCAAGCCUGCGACUCGAAUCAUAUGCCUUCAGGUCAGCAAAGGUCGUGCCAGUAAAGACAUUGUUCGUGUCCUCAAAGACUGGCGCAAAUACGGCCUUCGCGACGUUGUGUGUGAGAGACGUGCUGAUGGCGACAUGGUGCGAGGGCGGGUUGAUGCCUGCAACUACCUGCACAUCAAGCCAGUGACUUUCCACGCUUUCCUCUACUGUGUCCUUGAGCACGGCCGAAAGGCCAAUUUGAGUGUAAUCAAGUUCACUCAGGAGAAAGGCGCGGCCAGCAGCUUCUACCGCGUGGUCGAGACUUUGGAGUCAGUUCUUAAAGAGCGUGGUCUGGUGGUGCUGGACCCUGUCCGCAAGAAGGGCAUCGAGCGAAGCCUGAAGGAAGCUGGUCUCUAA